GAAAGUAAGGAAGGGAGGAAAGAGUAAUUGAGUCUCAGGUUCAGCUGUUUGAAUUUCGUCUUUGAAGGACUGGCUCCUGCUGUGAUAUACCCUGUACAGCACCCAUGGCAUAGAUAAUGGGCAGACCAACACUAAAACAGCAGAACAACAAGAAAAUCUGACUGCACUUGACCACUGUCACUCCCUCCAGGAAGUAUACAACCACUGUGGUUCUUCAUUUACUGUAGGGUUUGUUCUACUUCUUGUCGUCGAUCCACCAUCAAGCUAUUCAAAUACAUGACGAUGUACAUAUUAAAAUCAAACACUUUAGAAAGUAUACGCUGUAGAAAAUAUAAAUACGUCCAAUGAAACAAACUCAAAUAAACAUCUCUCUGGCUACACACAAUCAAGAGGGAAUGAGUCCGGAAAUGAGUCUACUUGAAGAAAUAUAUACUCCAAGACAGGAAACGUGACAUCACUUUUAAACUCUUUAAAUUGGUAUACAAAACUUCUCUGACUCGCCUCUUCCUGGCAAUCCCGUCGUUGCACCACUUAAAAUUAGUGUUUUCACAAACAAUUAUUCUUAAACGAUUAAUCUAGUAAUUGUUUUUUUCAAUUUUUCGACUAAUCUAACUAAUUUUUCGAUUUUAUCUGAUGAUAAAUUUAUUGAUAAGCAAUUAUUUUCAAGUUAGUGAUUUAAUACAAUUCACCCCUCCCCCCACACACAUCUUAAAUUCUCAUAAACAUUUCAAUUUAUUAAAACAUUUCUUAAAUGUUAGAGCAUUAUUAACAAAAAAGGCAAAUCUUAAGAGAUUCAAUAGGAUUUCUAUGUUAGACUGAAGUGAAUCACUGCAAUAGUUUUUACUUAAUUAUUUCAGUACACCAAUUUGACUUUAAUAUUGAAAUAGAUGCUAAAACAUGGAAUGAUUUCAUAACUAGAGAAACAUGUUUUUAACAAACACUAGCAAAGGUAGCUUAUAGUUAAGCUUACUUAACUAUACUUCAAAAUUCCACAUCGACGCAUUUUUAAUGAUCGAUUACAUCGAGUAAUCGUCCCAGCCCUACCUAAAAUGCCCGUGAACAACAUACAACAUCACAUAGUUCUUAUUUAGCGUUGAUACAAAUCAGAUCAAUAUCCAUGGAAAUUAAUCAAAUGAAUAAAUAACUUUUUAAUAAUUAUGUAAACAAAACAUAUCAAGAUACAUGUUGCUCCACCUGGAUUGGGGAGACUGGGGCCUCACCCUGGAGUCCAGCCAAGUACAGACCAAAGGAGUAACAUGGGUUCGCCCUCUUGUAGGCCCACCACCUGCAGGGGGGGCAGUGGGGGUCGGGUGCAGUUAAGGCUGGGCGAUAUGACCUCAAAUCAGUAUCGCGAUUAAUUGAACAUUUUACCUUGAUUAUGAUUGACUGGUAAAUUUUGUGUUUUAUUUCUUUUUUGCUCUUAUUUCAUUUACAAAGUUUAUACUGUAAAUAUGCCCAACUGUUAAAACUGGGUUAUUUUUUGUAAUGAAAGACUGUAUAUUUUAUCUUUUUAUGAUUUAAAAAUAAUUGAAGGAAAGAUAUAGAUCCAUUUAUGGUUAUUCAUUGAAUGUUUGGAACAACUGAUAUCAAAGCACAAAUCGCUUGAAAUGAAAACAUGAAAAAGUUCACAUUUUAGUUUUAAUGUAAAAAACAAGUUCCGUAAAGAAGUAGAAAAUAAAUAGUUUCCAUUACUUGCAAACAAAAUAAAUUGAUGAUCGUUAUAACCAUUUUUUUCCUUUUUAUGUGUCAGGCAGAUUACCGUCUAAUUGACAUUUGUAUAUUUAUUACAAUAAUAUAAGGUAAUAAAAUAGACAGUGUAGCUAUUUACUGAACUUACUUGACUCUUUCAAAGUACAGCAGAGCUGUUUCGAACUGCAGUACUGCACAAAAUAAAUGACUGAAUUGUGUAUAAUUCAAAUGUGCUAUGUAGUCACAAGGCAGCCAGACAGGGUAUGAAAGCAGCAUUGAUAUUUUAAUGUCAUAUGAUGCAUUAGAUAAGCCGGGACACCGUGCCCGCAUACAAGAAGUUAUUUUCUCGCGCGGCUCCUUUAUACUUCUGCUGCAUGUUCAUCAUUCUAUGCCGUAAGAAUGAAGGUUCACAGUUACUGUUUUCUCCGUGUGCAGCCAAACGGAACUGGUCAGAACCAGCUCUGUAAUUAUCGGUGUGACCUUCUUCCAGGGAGGCUGCUAAGUGACUCUCACUUUCCACACAGGCAGACAGUACUUUGUGAUAAUAGCAAAUAAAUACAUUUUUCCACUACAUCUAAAUGUAUAAUUUCGACUACAGAUAUAAUACAGUACAGUACUGUACAUAAAAUAUAGCUUAUUAUAGUUUCACUACCACAUCUCGUUGGCUCGUUUUUGGCAGUUUAUCAUUAACUUUGAUGAGUCGAUAUCUGUAAUUGAUAGAAAAUGAAAAUUACUUUCUUUUUUCCAUAAUGUUUUCUGUGCAUGCAGCAUUAGCCUUAGGUACCUAGCCAGAAGCAGAUGGGUUAGAGCAAGUCAAAGUGGCUGGUACGAGAAUUGCAAAGAGAAUUGCCGAAAUUUGAAUAUUUUCCAUAUGUUGAAAGACCUGAUGCAAACACUGUAAGUGGACUACUUGACUAUGUUAAGCAAAUGAUUUAAACAGUAUUUGUACAGGAAUGAUUCUGUCCCGGGCCGGCAUGGUGGUGCAGUGGUUAGCACUGUUGCCUCACACCUCUGGGUCCCAAAUUCGAGUCUCCGCCUGGGUCACAUGUGUGCGUAGCUUGCAUGUUCUCCCCAUGUCGUCAUGGGGUUUCCUCCAGGUACUCCGGUUUCCCCCCAUAGUCCAAAGACAUGCUGAGGCUAAUUGGACUUGCUAAAUUGCCUGCAGGAAUGCAUGUGUGAGUGAAUGGUGUGUGAGUGUGCCCUGCGAUGGGCUGGCCCCCCAUCCUGGGUUGUUCCCUGCCUCGUGCCCAUUGCUUCCGGGAUAGGCUCCAGACCCCCCACGACCCAGUAGGAUAAGCGGUUUGGAAAAUGGAUAGAUGGAUGGAUGAUUCUGUCCCAAGCUGCGGUAAAUCUUUUUUUACCACAGCUUGGGACCCUACUUUGCCUAGUAUGCUCGUGUAGCGCAAGCUAAAACCCUGGGUUCCUUUAAAUCAGAGCUAGAUAAGAUUUAACAACUCUGAGCUAUUAGUUAAGUUCUCCCCAAACGAGCUUGAUGGGCCGAAUGGCCUCCUCUUUGUAGCCAACAUGCACCAUGACCACUGGAUCCACCCCGGCUGGGGCCAAAAGCCUGUGCACACUAUUCGGAAGGUCCCCUACCUGGGCACCAGGCAGCUUUUAAUUAUUUGGCUUAAGAAAAUGCCUUUUGCGAGUGAUGAAUUAUACCGACGUUAUAUACGCCGCAACUUGCCAAGAUAUGUGGACAAAUUGAAAUCAAUGGAAAUCAUGGUUCAUCUCCCCUGCCUUAUGCAGUCUGAUCGGGAUGAAAUAACGGCUAAGAAAGAGAGCAAAGGUGAGUCUGAAGCUGUGGUGCUGCUGUUGGACUGUUUGAAGCGGAGAGAGAACUGGGCUGAUGAUUUAAUCGAGGCCCUGAGAUCCUGUGAGCAAUGGGAACUUGCUUCAGAGCUUGAGAAGGAAUAUGAAUCACUCAAGGUCCGGCCCACUAAGAGUGGUGGCACUCCUGCUUCUGUUCCUGCGACUGCUCCAGUGCUCCGUCACACUGUCUCAAACCUUCCAGAACAUGCAGCUACUGAAGCUGUCCCAGCUGUUCCAGCUCCAUCAGGGACGGGCCACUCAGCUCCACUGCCCAGUCCCUUUCAGGCGGCUUCUGCUGAUAAGGGCAUUACCCCUAAUCACACUGACACUCUUAGUGGUCCAGGUGAGCCCACCUCACAGGUGUCUGCGUCACCCCAUGUCACCCAGCCUGGAGUCACAGAAGAAGUUAAGAAUGCCUCUGUAGUAUCUGCAUCUAGUCCUCAGGAGAGCCUAACUGGCAAGCCAGUACAGGAUACCAACCCAACAGAUGUCCAUCCAAACCCAUUUCCAAAACUAAUACAGACUUCCAAUCCAGGCAAUGAUCAGGUAACUGAUAAUCAUCCCCAUGCGGAGCCUAGUCAAGCACGUCAGGCUCAACGUACUGCCAGGCCAACUGCAUCUUCUGCUGAUCUUAACCAAGCCAAUAAUCCUGCAACUUCCAUCUCCACCGAUGAUGCCAUGUCUGAAGAAAUGUACUUUAGCAAGCCUGGAACGCUUCGUGCCCAUUCUGCCGAACGAUACCGAUACUUUGACAACCAAAGAGCUGCUGAGUCAGUGGAAGAGGAGCCAUACUCUGGUCAACCCACAAGCCCCGCAAAGGAAAAACUGACCACUCGUCAUGACAACCACCCCACUUCUGGAAGAGCUGACAUGGCAACCCAUGAUUGUCCACAUGAAGGGGGACUCAGCUUCUCCUACAACCUGUUAGAGAACUAUUCUAUCCCUCUCUUUGUUCUGGCUGGAGCAUGCAUUCUGGUCUUGCUAGGGAGACUGAGAAAAUAGGUAUGUUAAAGGGGAUGGUGAAUGUACAGUAUCUCAUACAAUAUCAAAAUCUAUCUUUAUAUGCUUGUCUUUUGAAAACAGAUAUCUCAGUUGAAUGUCUAUAAAUUUCCUCACACAAGAGUUUAAAUAUUCAUCCAUCCAUCUAUUUUCCAAACCGCUUAUCCUACUGGGUCGUUUGGGGUCCACAGCCUAUCCCGGAAGCAAUGGGCACGAGGGUGGGAACAACCCAGGAUGGGGGGGGCAGCCCAUUGCAGGGCACACUCACACACCAUUCACAUACACUCCUACGGGCAAUUUAGCAAGUCCAAUUAGCCUCAGCAUGUCUUUGGACUGUGGGGGGAAACCGGAGUACCCGGAGGAAACCCCACAACGACAUGGGGAGAACAUGCAAACUCCGCACACAUGACCCAGGUGGAGACUCGAACCCGGGUCCCAGAAGUGUGAGGCAACAGUGCUAACCACUACACCACCUUGCCGCCCCAGUGUAAAUAUAUUUUAAAAUAUAUUUUUGCCUGACAUUCUCUUUUGUUUUGCAUAUUCUUUAUUCAUGUAAAACUUUCAUAUAAGAAGGCUCUUAAUCAUGAGCACAUGAGAUGUGUCCCUUUCAGUAAACCAUUCUUAAUACUGCUUUUUAUAUUUACCAAAGCAUCUCCAUUUACUCAUGCAAGUGUGCGAUGGGUCCCUGAAAUUCAAAAAAGGAAUAAAAAAUUAAGCAGGUCUUUGAAGACCCAGUGUAAGGUCUAAUAUAAAGAUAAAGUAAAAGGAGCUCUUGUAUCGGUAUCGGCGGUUGUGUAUCGGUAUUGGAUUGGAACUGAUAAAAUGUGGAUCAGCCCAUCCCUAAUUAAUAGUGUCUGCUGUGUGUAAGAGAGAGAGGCAUUGAUCAGCAUGAUAGAGCAUGUGCGACUAGUGAACCACACAUAUGCCUUUCACUGAAAGAAGUUCCAAUUCACGUUGAGUGCCUGUGAUCAUGAGUGGUGUGCAAUAUUACAAGAUGUGGUAUCGAUCCAAUACCAAGUAAAUACAGGACCAGCAUCACCGAUAUCGAUACUUUUUAAUAACCAAGGUGGAUUAAUCAUCAAAUUGCUAAAGCUGAAUUAAUUUUCAUUACCUUUAAGUGGUUUUGUGAUUUUUUUUUUUCAUUAAUUUUAUAAAACCCAGGACAGAAUUUGGAAGUUUAUAAGUAAAUAAAUACUUUAUUAUAAAACACAAGUAACACAAAACGUUUUUCUCUUAAAUAAAGUGCAUAAAAUCAGAAAGCCGGCUUUGAAAAAAAUAAAAAAAUUGUGAAAAUACAAUAAACAACAUACGAUAAAAAAUACAAUAAGGUAUCAAUCUCAUUAAACUGGUAUUGAUAUAUUUAACUGCUAUAAAAAAAAUAAUACAAAAUUUUGCACUUUCUCUACAGAGUAUGAAUAGAUGGUAUUCAUAGCCUUAUUGAGCUAGUAUCGGAAAAAAUCAUCGCAGAGUCUCAAAGCACUUAUGUAAGUCGCCCUGGCUAAGGGCGUCUGCCAAAUACUGUAAAUGUAAAAUGUAUUGAUCAAUACCAAUACCAACAUUGUUAUUGAUAUUAUCAAUGCUUGGAUCUAUCCGUCCACCACUAGUGAUCAUCCAGCAUUGUCAGGGAGUUUGCGCAGGUAGCAUAUCAUUCAGCAAGAAAAAAAACAAUGAUCAUUAUCUGUAAAAAGGCGACCUGCUAUGGCGUCUGGAGUAAAGAUAAUUGUAUGAAACGUUAAAUAUAAGUGUUGGCUAGGCUACUCUGGCCGUGUUAAAGGUUAGGUUUCUUCCGUAUUAUGCUUAUUGGGCUACAUUAGGCUAACUAACGUUUCACAUAAUGUCAUUAAAAAAAUUGCAGCUUAUGAAGGGGACAGUUUCAGUAAUGUUGUCCAUAGAAACAUUUUAAAGCCAAAUUUAGAUCAAAACAAGUGUAUUAGAUGUUUGUUUGUAAUGGUGUGUUAAUAUCAAGCAUUUCUCUUUCAUUUUUAUCUUUAUAUAUGGUUACAAAUAACCUUAAAUUACAUGCUUCAUUCCCAUAAUAUUUUACAGCUCUCUAAUGUUCUUAUGAUAUAGACCAAAAUUAAUUUAGCAAAGCACAUUCAUGUAAUAGCUGUACAUAUCUUGCUGUAACCAUAUCAAUUAAUAGAUAUGGACUGUCAUUUAACACUGCCUAUUCUUCAGAAAACAAUCAUCCUGUAUAUAAUGGACUGUUUUGGACAUUGGUGCUAGUGUUUAAGUGUUGAUUGAUAGUGUUGUGAUUUACUAUCGCAAUUAGGGAGCUGGGGCAGGGCUUUAUGUAUGUCACUUUGUUGUAUUGUGUGUGUUUUUACAUAUAUGCAUUAUUGCUUAAAGUAUGUGAACAUUAAAGUUUUUCAAUAACA